GCUAAAUCAACCAAUCAUCUAUCUUUUUACAAAAGCCGGUGUGUAGUCGUGUACACACGUAGAGAGUUUUGCAACCUGUCAAAGAAAUAGUGAAUAAAAUUAUUUGUAAAAAAUACAUUUGUAAGUUAAAAUUGAAGUAUUUAUUUAAAUUAAUUAAAGACAUAGCGUUUUUAUGCAUUUCAUUAUACCUCAUAUAUGAUUUAGUCCAUAGAAAUUAUAGCAUGACAAUGGGUGGGAUGUCAUGAUUAUUUGAUGAUAGUGAUAGUAAUAGGACCAUACUUCAAACUUGACCAAUCCAUUAAAAACACUUAUAUGUUUUAGUUAAAGUCCCUGAGUCAGUGCAUCUGCAUAUUUUUAGUAUUUUUAAAGUUUAAGUUGUCUAACCUGACUAAGCAUCUACAGUAAAAAGUCAGAGUGUGAGUGUACACAAUAAAUAAUAACGUCAUUAAUUUAUUAAUCCCAAGACAAGUACUAGUACUAAUCAUUCAUUGUUUUUAAUUAACAGUUAACACAUUCCUAACGAAGUAGACCUAUCCUCAAUGCUAGUCAAUAGCAGUUAUUAUAAUUCUCUAUGCCUUUUACUUUGGUUUUACUUGAGCCUAUCAUUUAAUGUAUAAAUAAAUAAUAAUUCUAAACUUUAUUAGAAGUUCUAGAUUCUAGGCCUAACUAAACUUAAACAGUGAGUAGUUUAAAAAAUAACGACUCCUGUUUCAUGCUUAUUCGGGUCACUAGCGUAGGAAAGGGGGGGGGGUGGAGGGUUCUGGCCCAGGUAGCACUUUUUCUCUCCUUAUAUUAAUAAUAUAGGAAGAGGCUGCAUUUUCUGCCAACUGUAAUUUUUUUUUAAAGUUUCUAUAUAUGGGGCUAUAUUGUAAUAAACUACCAAAUAGCUUCUCUAGAGAGCUAUUGGUAGUCCAUCAAAUUGAACGAAAAUCUGAGCUUUAAUUUCUAAUAUAGACCUAAUAUAGAUAGAUGAAUGAUACUUUGGGAAAGGGGAUCAUAGUCUCGAGUCUGAAAAAUCUUACCCAGCUUUUUUUUGCCAAGACCAAAGUAAUAUGUGCAAUAAAAAAGGAAAUAUAAUUUAUAAAAUCCAGCUAUAAAAAUUGUGUGUGCUAAUUAUUAUGAUUCCAAUUAUACAUUAAAAUAUUUAGGCCUAAAUAAGUCUAUAAUUACGAUAAUAAUAGUUUUACUGCAUACAAAGUGUUCAUAUUAAAAAAUUUUAAAAAUCUUGUUACUUAAGUUCAAUGAAACUAAAAUAACAUAAUUAGGCUUAAAGAUGAUAACAAAAGCUUAGGCCAAUCUUUGUUUAGCAACAUGGUCACGUGACACACACCCCUCCCCCCCCCCCCCAAAAUCCCCCCCCCAUUAGCUAUUAUUGAUUUUCUGUUGGGAGGUUUACUGGGUAUUAUUUACACAAUUGAGCCCUCGUUAACUUAUAAAGGCAUCAAUAUUGUUAUGUAUAAUUAAACAUUUUAAAUUGGUAUAUUGUGCAUCUAUAACACAAAUUAAUUUAACGAAUCACUAUUUACUAUUUAUUUUUUAAUGCUAUGCAGAAUCAAUGUUUUAAACUGCACAGUCAGAUGAAAAUAUAAGCUGCAAUACAUAAAAUAAAAUAUAUACAAAUAAAGAAAAAUAAGUGUAUUAUGUCUUGAAAAUCCGAUUGCACUGUUGUCAGUAGUGUGAAUAUAAAUAAGAAAUAAGGGCACAGUUAAAGUAGGGGGGGGGGAGGGGGGUUGGACUGUUGGUACCAAUAAGGCAAGGCUAAUUAUAUACUAUAGUAUAUACUAAGAAUAAUAAACUGUUAAUAAUAAAAAAAAUUAUAAAAUAUUUAUUCAUUAGACCUAUAUUAUAUUAGAUAAUAACAUAUAAUAUUUUAAAAUUAUAUAGAUGUAGGCAAAUGAAAAUAUUAUUGCUCAGACCUAACAGAACUUGAAAACAGUGGGAAUGUGAUAGCAUCACACAACUUUUUAAAAAGGAAAAAACUCAAAAGCUCUUACUGGUAGUAAAAAACAUCACUGGACCUAGAAAUUAAGAAAUUCAAAGCCAUGUUUUAGUUUUUUAUGCAACCCUAUAAAUAUAAUUACUGUACUCAAAAGAUCAAACCCACAACUUAACCCUCUGCUGCAAUUAUUUAUUAUUAUUAUGUUCAUAUAUUUAAAGAAGUUAGGUUUCAAGGAUCAUUGAUAUGCAUUAAUGUAAAUUGAUAUUAAAACUUUAAAAUAUUUUAUAUUAAAACUGAACCAGUUAUUUUGUCCUGCAUUUUUAUUUCUUAUUUUUUAGAUUUUUGGUCUGGUUUCAAUCAGGCAAAGCAUCAUGAAGAAAACACAGGGUGCUUGGGGGUUACAAUGGCUUAUGCGAAUGGCUCCAGAAAAGCAGGACACCCUGCUGAAAAUGGUCAUCUUAACUGUAGCAGCAGUUUUGUGUAUGUUUAAAUAUUUUCCAUCUCUACCACAUUCUUAUUAGAUGCAUUUGUACGUUAAACAUUUAUGUUGGUAAUUAACAACAGUAAAAACUUGAAUAUUCAUAUAUUGGGUUAUACCCAAUCCAAUUUUUUUGUUACCCAUUAAUUUACAAUGUAGCCCCACAAUCAUGACAAGCAUUUUUGAGUCAGAUCAUAGACACACGAAAAACAACACAAUGCUUUGAUGUUCAAGAUCAAGGUUGUGAUCAAAACUGGUUAAUAUUUGUACAACAAUACAGCUUGUUUACUACUUGUGUUACAUUAAUUGUUUUCUUAUUUCCCUAGAUUUUUUAUUUUACGAACAAUUAGUCUGGAUAAUAAUUUUUUUUACUUUAAUUCUUUUUUAUUAAAUUAUUUAAUUAAACAGUAUAUAAAAUUGUUCAUGUUAAAUAUAAAGUUAUAUAUAAUAUUGUCUCAUAAGAAAGACUUUCUUAUUGGAAACAACGAAUUUCAAUACAAGUCCUUAAAUACUGAUUUUUUUCCAGUUCAUAAAUGAUUUUUAAUCCUCAGCAUUUUCUACUCGCCUUUUCUCUGUGUUGCGAUUUGAAAGUGUUAUUCACGAGUUUGAUCCUUACUUCAAUUACCGCACCACGAGAUUUCUGGCAGAUGAAGGAUUCUACAACUUCCACAACUGGUUCGAUGAUAGAGCUUGGUACCCACUUGGAAGAAUUAUUGGAGGCACCAUAUAUCCAGGUAAGUGGAUCUCCUUCAUGUGGAUUUUUUAAUUUCAGGUGCUUGAUCAGAGAGUCUGUUAAAAUUUAUUUUAAAUGUUGGCUAUUAUUUUACUUCAUUGGACAUGAUUUGUUAAUUAAUGAAUUUCAUUUUGUGCCAAGGUUUUAUUUAAUGUUCUUACAAUUAACACAAUAAAUUAUGAUGUUUGAAUUAAUAUUUAGAAAACUGUGUGCUGUAGUUACUCUUUAUUUGUCCUGAAGCUGAUGUUUACAAUUCAGAUUUAUUUGGGACUUAAGCAGACAUUACAGAAAAUCUUUAAUUUGUAUUUAUAGUAAAAAGAUAUAAGCUCUGACAUUCUUCUUUGUGCAGGUUUGAUGGUGACAUCUGCCCUCAUAUACCAUGUGAUGAAUUUUUUUCAUCUGACCAUUGAUGUGAGGAAUGUCUGUGUGUUUUUGGCUCCAUUGUUCUCCAGCUUUACAACCAUUGUAACAUUUUAUUUCACAAAGGAACUCAGGGUUAGUAUUUUUAAUGUGUUUGAAGAAGUUGCUAUGAAUCUUAUUAAAGUUAAUCUAAAAAUAAAUGUAUCAAGUGAUGGCUUAAGUUUAAGAAAAAUAAUAAUAUUAAUGUCCCAGAAAAUAAAGAGCAAUAACAAAAAAUUCAAACAUUUCCACACAUUGUACCACCAACAUGAGAUGUUAAUAUGCACAGAGGGUGAAAAUCCUUUUCUUUUGGAAACAAAUCUAUUAGUUUAUUAAAUUGAUUACUUAAAGAUAAAGAUUCUCUUAAUUCACUUUGUUUUGAUUCUUCUCAAUACAGGAUGCCUCUGCAGGUCUUCUUGCUGCAUCUAUGUUGGCCAUUGUUCCAGGCUACAUUUCGCGUUCUGUAGCUGGAUCUUAUGAUAAUGAAGGGAUUGCCAUUUUCUGCAUGCUGCUUACCUAUGCCCUUUGGAUCAAAUCAGUGAAGACUGGUUCUAUUUUCUGGGGUGCUUUAUGCGCUCUUGCAUACUUUUACAUGGUAGGUUCAAGGGAAGGUUUUAUACACAUUUAUUUAUAUGUAUAACAGGUUUUAUUCUUCUAUUUUUUACUUGAUAGUUGUUAGUUUCAGAUAUUAUAAAUUUUGAUCCAUCUUCCUGUUUUCUUGCUUUUAUUUUUCUUAUUAAUUUUACACCAUACUUUUUUUUUGUAUUUGUGGACUUGUUUAUAAUUUUAGGAAAUGUUUUUCAGGUUUCCUCAUGGGGAGGUUAUGUGUUCCUUAUCAACUUGAUUCCACUUCAUGUCCUGAUGUUGAUGAUCACUGGCCGUUUCUCCCAUCGCAUCUAUGUGGCUUAUUCCACAGUGAGGAAAUUUUUAAAUAAAUAGCUUUAUUUAUAAGUGGAUAUGUAAUUUGCAACACACACAAAAAAACUCCAUGGUAAAUGCUAAAGAAAUUUUAAUUUUAAGAAAAUAAAGACAGAAUAUCAUGGGGUAAUACUUAAGAUAUACAUGAUUAUUUUGUUAUUUCUGGGGAAAAUAAUUAAUAUUAGAUUUAAUAAUUUAAAAAAAAAAAAAAAAAGUGUUUGUUAUAUUUAAAUAAGCAUUCAACAACUUUUUGUUAUUAUGUUUCUAAUGUACAUAUGGUUUUGUUUAUUUUUCAAAUUUUCAUGCUUUAAUUUCUAGGUAUACUGCCUUGGAACCAUCUUGUCUAUGCAAAUUUCAUUUGUAGGAUUCCAGCCAGUACAGUCAAGUGAACAUAUGGCUGUAAGGGUUUAACAUUUAUUUCUUUAAAAUAACAUUACAUAAGUGUGGACUCAAUUUUGUCAAAGUUAGGGGUGGGGAUGAGAUAUUUAUAUAUAGUUGUAUUUUUUCAUAACAAUAAUCAAUAACUAAUUUUUGUGAGAUACUAUGAACAAGAAAAAGAAAUUAAAUUGAAAAGAAAAAAAUGUCAUUUUAAUGAUGUUGUUUAUUGUCUGAUAUAUUUUGUACACAUUGAUCAAUUUUAAAUUAUGGGACCUGCCACGAGAGAGCAAAACCUCUUCUUGUUCACCAAAGAAAUAAGCCUACUAUGAAGCUUGAUUGAUUUUUUUUUAAACAUAUUAAUGAUAUUAUUAUUUUUUUCUUUUAUUUCUCGUCUUUUUUGCAUUAAUUUUAUUUUUUUUAACUCAUCAAUUAGGCAUUGGGUGUGUUUGGCCUGUGCCAGAUUCAUGCCUUUGUUGAUUUCCUCCGUUCCAAGAUGUCCCGUGAACAUUUCAACAUUUUGUUUAAGAGUCUGGUGUUGUUGGUGGGCACUGUUGUGUUUGCUGCAGCUGCAGUGGCCACAGCUCUUGGUAGUAUCCUUUUGAUAAUGAGCCAUUUAUAGUUUUACAUAUUUUAGAGUUAAAUCUUUUUUUCAAAUGUAAUUUCUUCCCAUUUCGAUUUUGUAACAUAUAUAAUCUGUUCAGUUUUUAAUCAAACCACAUUUUUAAAUUUCUUUUUUGCUUUAAAACUUUUGACUCUUUAACCACCACCAAAGAAAUUGCUCCAUGGACUGGUCGUUUCUACUCCCUCCUGGACCCUUCAUAUGCUAAAAACAACAUCCCCAUUAUUGCCUCAGUCUCUGAGCAUCAGCCAACCACCUGGAGCUCUUUCUAUUUUGAUCUGCAGCUUCUCAUGUUUUUGUUUCCUGUUGGUCUCUACUACUGCUUUGUGAAACUGACAGAUGCCAACAUCUUUAUCAUCAUGUAUGGUGUCACCAGCAUUUAUUUUGCUGUGAGUAACACAUAUUGAAUCUAGUCAGCAUUGAUGUCCAAUACAUUUUUAUUUUGCUUUUUAUUAUAUAUAUAUCUAUGAUAAAUUAGUAAUAUAAAUAAAUGUAUAUCCUGUAUGUCUAGAGAUAAUUUUUAAUGGUUACUCAGAUUAUUACAAUUAUGUCUAGCAAAUUGACAUAAUUUUACACAAUAAAGUAAAUUAUGUGUUAAAACCUUGUAACUUUAACAGGGUGUGAUGGUUCGUCUCAUGCUUGUGUUGGCCCCUGUCAUGUGUGUUCUUGGUGGCAUUGGAAUGUCAGCUGUGCUCACAACCUACAUGAAAAACUUGGACAACCCCAUGAGAAAAGAAAAAAAAUCAGCCAAGAAGAUUGAAUCCAACUAUCCACUUAAGAAUGAGGUCAUUACUCCUAUAAAGUCUUUUAAAUAAAAUUUUGAUUAAGAUAUAUGAUCUUUUAUAUUGAAAAUAUUUCCUUUUGUUAAGGGAGAUAUUUUGUAUAAGUUCGUAUAAGUGGUUUUGAAAUAAAUAAAUUCAUAAAACAUUUUUUUGAGAAUAAUGUUUAACUGUAUUGAAUUUUUUUCAAUUAGUACCUUUGGUUUAAAAAAAACAAAAAAACUUUAUACCCGGUAUAUAUUUGAGUUAAAUUAAUAUUAUAAUGAUUAUUCCACAGAUUGCAACCUGUGUUGUUUGUUUAAUGACUGUGUUUCUGCUAUAUUAUACUUAUCACUGCACCUGGGUUACAUCUGAAGCAUACUCUUCGCCUUCAAUUGUUCUUUCGGCUCGAGGUGGUGAUGGCAGUAGAAUUAUUUUUGAUGAUUUUAGAGAGGCAUAUUACUGGCUCAGACACAACACCCCUGAGGUAAUAUUAAUUGUACCAAUGCAAGAUCUUAUCUUAAUUUUGUAAUGGAAUUUAGCGUCAUAAACCUGUAUAAUUUGAGUGCCUCUGAACAAAAGUUCUGUUAUUCUUUCACUGCUCACAAUGCCAUUCAUGGUUGUACAUGAAUGGUCAAACAAAAUAAUAAUAAAUUAAAUUCAUUGAAAUGUCCAGUUCUUACAAUGAAUAUUUAUUUUGCUAUUUUACUCAUGUGUAUAUGAAUGAAUGAUUUUGAUAACUUUCACAUAAAUUUCAUGUAACUUUAACCACUAUAUUUGAAAUCUAAUUUAUUAUUUAUCUACUUUAACAAUGGAAAUACAUUUUUAGUAUUCCUUGAAGUACUGUAAAAUGCUGGAAAUCUGUUACAUUUUUAACGCCCAAUCAUAAUAGAUUUAACAAAAAAUAAUAACUUCACUCCCUAAUUUCUUUUAGUUACUUCAAAACUUACAAAAGUUUAAUAUUUUGGAUAGGUCUUUAUGCUGUGUUAAAAUAAUAAUAUUUUGUGUUAAAAUAAGGACUUUCAAAGUUGUAAAAAAAAUUAAAAAAUUCAUGAACACAGCAAAACUAAAUUUUUAACUUUCACAAAAAUGUGUGCAAUUUACAUAUUUCUUACAAUUGUUAUUAAUUUUCUUUAACUAGGAUGCUAAAGUGAUGUCUUGGUGGGAUUAUGGAUAUCAGAUAACAGCUAUGGCAAAUAGGACGAUAUUGGUGGAUAAUAAUACAUGGAACAAUACACACAUAUCAAGAGUUGGCCAGGUUAGUUCUCAUAUAUGCAGCAGUUGUGUAUUUAUGACAAUUGAAAGUAUAUAAAGCACUCAUAAUAAAUUUGAAUGUUCCAUUAUUGAAAUUUUUUUUGGAAUAAUAUCAUUAUGGGAAACCUUUUUCAUUUUUACCAGCAUUCUGUUAUCUGGACAAUGUGAAAAUAUAUAUUAGAUAACUUUCCCAGGUAAUGUUCAUUUUGAAAUUUCAAAACAGAAGCAAAUAAGAAAAUCGAGGCAUAUCUUCAGUUUAAACAGUGCGGCCCUGUGUAAUAAGAGGAUUAAUAUUGGGAUAAAGCUUUUAAGUAGAUUAAUGAGAUUUGUGUACCGGUAAAUAAAACAAUACAUGUUAAGGUCUAAUUCUGAUACUUACCUAAAAUUGAAAGGAAGUGAAAUAAUAAGAAUGGGCACAAGUCCUUAAUGAAAAAAAGAUCAGAAGAACUUUCGUUAUGUUCUUCUGAUCUUUGUUUUCGUCGGGGACUUUUGCCCAUUCAUUACCUUAAUUUUUUAGGUAUAUGUAAGAUAUACAUAUAUUACGUAAUUUAAAUUAUAAUUUUAUAAUGUUAUGUGCUGAUGAAGGCAUUUACUGAAAUGUUUGAAUUAGUAUUUUGUCUAAUCAUAAUUAAAACUUAAUACAUUUUGUUUUAUUUAGACAAAUUGUUUGUGUCUCAUUAAUCUAGCCCUGUGUAAAAAUAAUUUCCCAAUUUUCAUCUUCAAUAAUCCUGGUAUAGAAAGUUGAAACUAAAUUGUCAAUGUCCGUUCUAUUGUUCUGGAGCAUUUAAAGCAUUAACCAGUCUCUUGGGUUUUUUGUUUUGUUUUGGGGGGGGGGGGGGCUAUUAAUUUUUAAGCUGAUGGCAGAUUCCUUAGAUUUUUCUCAAUUUGUAUAAAGUACCCAUAUAAAAAAAAUGAGAAUUUAGUUAAAAUUCCUCAUUAAAAUAUGUCAUUUCAAUUUCUCACCAUGCACAAUCACAAUUUUGUUUUCAUUAGUUUGAUUAGUUUUAAUUUCAUUAAUUCCAGGCCAUGGCAUCUUCAGAGGAAAAAGCGUAUGAAAUAAUGAGAGAGUUAGAUGUAAAUUAUGUGCUUGUAAUAUUUGGUGGUCUGACUGGAUAUUCCUCAGAUGGUAAUUUUGUUGUUGUUUUGCACACUAAAAUUGUUUGAUAAAAUAACUUGAGUUUAUUCAAUUAAAAGAAUUAUGGUGACACUUGUCAUGAUAACAUGUGCUUUUUGAUGAAAUAUAUAAAGCCAUACACAUGUAUUUUUUAAACUUUAGAUAUCAACAAAUUUCUCUGGAUGGUUCGUAUUGGAGGCAGCACUGAUCGAGGAAGCCACAUCAAAGAGUGGGAUUACUAUACACCACAAGGAGAGUUUAGAGUAGACAAGGAGGGUUCACCUAUACUUUUAAAUUGCCUUAUGUACAAAAUGUGCUACUACAGAUUUGGCUCUGUUUACACUGAGGGUGGUAAGUAUUUGAUGGAUUUAAGAGGGGCAUAUUACUCACUGGCUCAGAAAGUUUAAUAUAAUUGGCAAGGUUGGGGUAAUUACUUGAAUAAGGAAUUUUUAAAAAAAAAAUUUAAAUGAUGAUUUGUGCAUUCUGUACUUUUACAGGCAAACCAACAGGAUAUGACAGAGUUCGCAACACUGAGAUAGGCAAUAAAGAUUUUGAGUUGGAUGUCCUUGAAGAGGCAUAUACCACUGAACAUUGGUUGGUCAGAAUUUACAAGGUCAAAGAUUUAGAAAACAGAGGAGUCUAAUUUUUCAGGAACAUAUAACUACAUUACAAAUUACAGAUUAAAUGUAUUUGUUUGAAAUAUUAGCAUGCUAAUUUUGUUUGUGUCUGCUGAUUUAAUGAUUUUUAUAGAUAAUUACCUGUAACUGCUGAAAGUUUGUUCACUAUUCAUAAUGUUUGGAUGAGUAUCAAAUUUUCAAAAUUUAUGUGACACGAACAGAUGAGGAACAUAAUAUAUAUUUACCUCUUAAUUGUAUCGUGAUUUUGAACAUUUCAAUUAGAUUUUUAAAUCUAUGACAAUAUUGACAAGCACAAAAUCUUUGGUGACAGUUUGGCUCAACCAAAACAGCAGGUCUGGAUUUUAAAUUUAUGAAAUUGCAGUUUAAUAAGUUAACAUUUUAUUUUGGGUAAAAUUUCUGUUGUUAAAGUAAUUUUCUUGCCAUGAGAGUGUUUUUUUAAAACUGCGGCAGUAUUUAUCACCACUUAAAACUGAAGCUAUAAUUCACCAAUCUGAAAGACAGUCUUUAAAAAUGUUUCUUUUUUGUUGACAUGUUCUUGUUGUAUUUUAUGCUUUUAGUGUGGUUUAAGGGUGUUAACAUUAAAAAAUUAAUUCAAAUAGUUUUAUAACAAUUAAUGUUCAUCAAAUAAAUCAGAUGUUUUUAAAAUGAUUUUUCAAAGACAUGUAUCAAUUAUCAUCUUCAAAACAUAUAAAAGUACAGCCAUUUACCACUUAACAAGACUUAUUUUCUUCUUGUUAUACAUGAGAGAAUUAUGAUGUGAGAAUGAAAAGAUUUAAUUUCCUUACUGUUAGAAAUAUAAAACAGGCUGUAGUAAUAUUCACUUUUAAUUGCAGUUUAUUUUUUUUUAGAGUUUUUAUUCUUCUUGGAGGAAACAUGUCAUCUUAAUGGAGAGCUUCCCAUAAAUUGAUAAACAUAGUUUAAUUUAAUUCUAUGGAAGUAAAAGCACAAGACAUUUCAUUUAAAUUAUAACAAUACUAUGAGGUAUCUUGAGGACUUUUAAUAUAAUUUCCAAGCCAAAUGCAUGAACAAUGUUACUUCCAUUAGUGAAUUAGUGUCUUAUUUUAACUUAAAAUUUAAGUCCAACGUAUAUACAAUCAUUUAAGCGGUUGUAAACAAGAAAACAAAUACUUUUCAAAUAAUAAGGAAACCACAAAAUAAAUAGAUCUUUGAUCUUUAUUUUCCGCUCAAUGCCAUUAUUUAAAAUAUUAAAUAUAAAAUGUAAGCAACAGCAUCCUCUUGGGAGCACUUUUCAGCAGUACACUACAAAAAUACCAUUUGUUGCACGGAACAAAAGUCUUGCAAACAGUAAAUGAAAUACAAUAGAUGAUUAAUUUUUUA